CUCUCUGUCAUUUUUUUGUGUCUAAAAACUUUGGCGGUUGUACGCAGACCAUGUGUUUGAUGAAAUUACUGCGACGGCGCUGUGGUUGGAUUUUGAAAGGGGAACUAUGGGUCAGAUCUUCAGUUUUCAUCAGAUUGUUAGCUAAAACGCCGUUUGCUGUCUCCCUCGUUCGUGCGUUCAAUUUUCUUCUCAGAUCUUCACAUCGUUUUGGCUUCAUCUCUAAACGUUGGGUCUGUGAAGCCUGGAGAUUCGACUAGUUCUCCCGAGAAUCAAUUUCAAGUAGCUCAAUCCAGUCCUCUUUCUCAAGGAAGCUAAGGCGAUGCUAAAGAUAGAAAAUUUGAGGGUCUUGAAACAUAUUUUAAAGGCCAACGAAGAAAGGAGUGAAGGUCGCUGCCAAGGAAAAGAUGGAGUUCGAUAAGAGAGCAAGUUUUGGCUUCAUUGUUGCCAAAUUCAACAGGGACUUGUUAUUUUUCAGUCUCAGGAGAAGCUAAUUUGAAUGAGCAUCGAGCAGAGUUGGAAAACUAGACCAACCAUAAUUUUUGUUGAAUUAUCAAUCUCAGGCCAUGAAAGUGAGAAGGAAGGUGUUUAGGAGAAGGAGCUUGCAUGUGGCUGUAGGAGCUUAAGUGCCUAUGGACGGGAGUUCUAAUAGGAACAAUUGAUGAGGAGGAACAAAAUCAAGAAUCAAGUUUCCACAAAAAAAGAAGAAGAAACACUUUCUCAAUUCUCUCUAAUGGCAUUGAUAACCUUACUUGAAGUCUCUAUUUCUUUACUUUUUUUCUCCUUCCUUUACGGAUAUUUCUUGAUUAGCAAGAAACCUCACCGUUCGUUUCUCACUAACUGGCCGUUCCUCGGUAUGCUUCCGGGUUUACUCGUGGAGAUCCCUCGUGUUUAUGACUAUGUAACCGAGCUUCUCGAGGCCUCAAACUUAACUUAUCCUUUCAAAGGUCCGUGUUUCGGGGGCCUCGACAUGUUGAUCACCGUUGAUCCGGCUAAUAUCCAUCACAUCAUGAGCUCAAACUUCGCGAAUUACCCGAAAGGAACCGAGUUCAAGAAGAUAUUCGAUGUUUUGGGAGAUGGGAUUUUCAAUGCAGAUUCUGAGUUAUGGAAAGAUCUAAGGAAAUCAGCUCAAAGCAUGAUGACUCAUCAAGAUUUUCAAAGGUUUACACUAAGAACAAGCAUGAGUAAGCUAGAGAAAGGUCUUGUCCCACUUCUUGAUUACGUUGCUGAGAAGAAACUAGUUGUUGACUUACAAGAUGUGUUCCAAAGAUUUACGUUCGACACUUCGUUUAUUUUAGCGACCGGGGUUGAUCCUGGUUGUCUUUCGACCGAAAUGCCGCAAAUCGAGUUUGCUAGAGCUUUAGACGAAGCAGAGGAAGCAAUUUUCUUCAGGCAUGUCAAGCCGGAGAUGGUUUGGAAGAUGCAAAGAUUUAUUGGGUUUGGAGAUGAGUUAAAGAUGAAAAAAGCUCACUCGAUUUUCGACCGAGUUUGCUCUAAAUGCAUAGCUUCUAAGAGAGAUGAAAUAACCAAUGGGGUUAUUAACAUUGAUUCUUCUUCUAAAGAUUUGUUGAUGUCUUACAUGAGUGUGGAUACGACCAAGUACAAGUUGUUGAAUCCAAGUGAUGACAAAUUCCUUAGAGACAUGAUCUUAAGCUUCAUGAUAGCUGGUAGAGACACCACAGGCUCUGCUCUCACUUGGUUCUUUUGGCUUCUCUCCAAGAACCCAAAAGCCAUAACCAAGAUUCGUCAGGAAAUCAACACAAAACUAUCUCCAAGAACCAACGAUUUUGAUUCUGAUUCAUUCAGUUCUCAAGAGUUAAACAAGUUGGUGUAUUUACAUGGCGCAUUGUGUGAAGCCCUCAGGCUAUAUCCACCGGUUCCAUUUCAGCACAAGUCUCCUACAAAACCCGACGUUCUUCCAAGUGGACACAGAGUCGAUGCGAGUUCGAAGAUUGUGUUCUGUCUUUACUCAUUAGGGAGAAUGAAAUCGGUUUGGGGAGAAGAUGCAUCAGAAUUUAAACCGGAGAGAUGGGUUUCAGAGAGUGGAAAGUUGAUUCAUGUGCCAUCUUUUAAGUUCUUAUCGUUCAAUGCCGGUCCAAGGACUUGUUUGGGGAAAGAAGUGGCCAUGACACAGUUGAAGACAGUGGCUGUGAAAAUUAUACAAAACUAUGAGAUAAAGAUCGUUGAUGGACACAAGAUCGAGCCAGUUCCUUCUAUUAUCCUUCACAUGAAGCAUGGGCUUAAAGUUACAGUCACUAAAAGAUGUAAUAUGGUCUGAAUAUUAUGCAAUAAUUUUGUACUAUAUUAUAAGUAUGGAAAUAAUUAUUAGAAUUUUGU